UCACGAUAUGCAUCCCUACUACGACAUUACUACCAACAUGAAUAAAUUUAUUGAAUGAAUGAAAUAUGCAAACCAUUCAUCGACACUACAUGGAUGAACUAAAAACUCGUCCAUUUUGUGUUUGACUCUCAUCGUUUCCACUGUUCAACAAUGGCGGACGCUGCUCCAGCCGGUGGACGUGGUGGUUUUCGUGGUGGAUUUGGAUCCCGUGGUGGCGAUAGAGGCCGUGGUGGCCCACGCGGUCGUGGACGUGGCCGUGGACGCGGUCGUGGUCGCGGCAAAGAAGAUCAGAAAGAAUGGGUACCAGUUACCAAACUAGGCCGUCUAGUUCGUGAAGGAAAAAUCGACAAGCUUGAGAGCAUUUACUUGUUCUCCUUGCCCAUCAAAGAGUUUGAAAUCAUCGAUUUCUUCCUUGGGCCAUCUUUGAAUGAUGAAGUCCUGAAGAUCAUGCCUGUGCAGAAACAGACCCGUGCCGGUCAGCGUACGCGUUUCAAGGCGUUCGUCGCUAUUGGAGACAACAAUGGCCACAUUGGUCUGGGCGUUAAGUGCAGCAAGGAAGUCGCUACUGCUAUUCGUGGAGCCAUCAUCCUUGCUAAACUGUCCGUCCUUCCUGUCCGCAGAGGUUACUGGGGUAACAAGAUUGGCAAGCCCCAUACUGUACCUUGCAAGGUUACUGGCAAGUGUGGUUCUGUCACUGUGAGGUUGAUUCCUGCUCCUCGUGGUACCGGUAUAGUGUCUGCUCCAGUUCCCAAGAAGCUGCUGCAGAUGGCUGGAGUACAGGACUGCUACACAUCAGCCCGAGGUUCCACUGGAACACUAGGCAACUUUGCGAAGGCCACUUAUGCCGCUAUUGCAAAAACUUAUGCAUACCUUACCCCAGACUUGUGGCGUGACAUUCCUUUGACCAAGUCUCCCUAUUCUGAAUUUAAAGUCUAAAUGUGGUUCAGUGUAAACUGAAAUAAAACAUAUUUAACACAUC